AUGCGCGAGGCUAUGGAAGCGAGGGCAGAGUACGAGAUAAGGAACAAAAUCGUACACAAUGUUCUAGUAAUGGAUCCCGUUCUGAAAGCCGUUCAUGGCGGCGAACAGACUCCAUUCGCCGAGAAGCGCAUACUGCCGCUGGUGACCGAGAACGAUGCUGUUUCCAUGAUCCAUGGCUCACUGACGUCGAAGCUUGCUUCUACGAAUAAAUUUCUGAGUGUGGCCGAACAGAACAACAUUGUCGCAAAUCAAAAGAACCGAGAGCUGGCGCAGACCAUGCUUGCUCUGGCCGAAGAAAUGAAGGCGCAGUCGGUGCAGGACAUUGAAGAUCCGCAAUUACGUCAACGCGUCGAUGCGGUCGAUAAGGAGCUCAAGGACUCGCGACGGAGGGUGAGGACGUUGAAAGGUAUAUUAUCAGCCAUGAUCGUGGGUAGCGGGAUCAACUGGGCUGCGGACGAGGGUCUGACGGAGCUCGUCAUGGAGGAUGAGGACGAUUGA